AUGUCUUUUAUUAGCCCCCACACUGGUGGUCACCCUACCAAAGCUCCUGGGUUUGGGAAUGCUCCAGACCCAUUUGCCAGCAUUUCUCAGAAUCGAGGCAUUGAGGAUGAGGAAGACGCUAUCGACUUUGAGGAUACAUACGAUGGUCUGGGAGACCAGCUAGACGAUGCUGACGAUGAUUUGAAUGAUGAUACCUUUGGUGGUGGCAAUUCUGGAAGCAAAGCUCCUGCAAGAGAUUUCGAUUUUUUUGGGAAUACCAACAAAGUGAGCGAUGCAAUCAAUGAGGAAGCGAUCCGCUACCAGAGGCAAUCCAAAUACAGCGCGAGGCCCUUGGUUUCCGUCGAGCCUUCCAAACCAACCCCCAAGUCCUACAAGACGGGUUAUGAAGCCUACAAGAAGCCUGGCUAUGUCCCCGAUCUUCAGGUUGAUCCAAGUCUAUGGGGGACGGCAUCAAUCUCAGCUGUUCCAAGUAAUACAGGCCCAAAUCUGUCCCAACAAGAACGGCCAAGUGUUCCACCUCAAAAGAAGAUGAUGAGUCUCGAGGAGGUUGAAGCCGCGAUGCGCGCUCAGCCCAAGAAGCCGUCCUUGAGUUUUCGAUCACAGCAGCCUGCUCGAUCCCCACCAAAGCAAGCCCAAGCAACAUUUCCGGCACAGCAAGCUUCACGCGGUGUAGAGUUGUCGUCGUCUCAGCGCUCUCAGGGUCCUCCAGUACAAAUAUUACAACACUCACAGCAAUCGCACGCGCAGUCGCGCGAUCACUUACCUCCUCAAUCUAGAGCGAAUCGAAGCCUCGAGCAGAUACAUGCGACUAACCUCCCAGAGCAACCAUCCCAAGUCCAGGCCACGCAAAUUCUUCAACGUCCUCAACCUAGAAUGCCGCUUCCGCAAAGUACUGAUGUUUCAAAUCAGCCUCGCCAGAUUUUGCAGAAUCCAAACAGAAACUCUCUGCCUCCUGACCAGAGAAACAUGGAGCCUCCGGAACCAAUACUGCACCUUGGAGAUCUUACAGCUGCCCAAAGUGGUACUCAAGUAGCACUACCUAUCAUUACACAUCCGGCUCAGCUCGCAACGCUAUCGCCUGAGCAGCGUGAAGCGUAUGCUACAGAAGAGGCACGAAGAGCAAAGCGAAAUCAUAAAAUUUUUCUCAUGUCGAAGGGCAACGGCUUGAUGACUCCGCAGGAUAAGAAUUUUAUCACGCGGAUUCAGUUGCAACAAUUGAUGACAGCAACUGGGAACGUGAAUGACUCAAAUCCAGACGUGUCUCUUGCAGAGGACUUCUACUAUCAGGUCUAUAACCAAAUAGAAAAUCGCCCUAGGCAACACCCUCAUCAGCCUCUCAGCAAUUUUGCCCAAACGUAUCUGUUCCAGACGGGCGGUCGCCAGGGUGUAUUGAAUCGGAGGAACAACCGAGGUGACAAUCACAUGCACCGAAUGCAGCAGCAAGUCCAGCGAGCUAUAGAAGCUGCUAAGGCGAAACCUAAGAAUAAGCAGCUCGUAAUCGAAGGCAGUCUCGGAAAAAUCUCUUUCAGUAAUUCGAAAACGCCUAGACCCAUGCUGAACAUUAAGCGCAAUGAUAAUUUACCCCAGGUCUCGCUCAACGCGACAGACCGGAAAUCAAUCCUGAAAAAUAUUGAAGCAGUCUAUGCAUCCCUAAUGGAAAUAGAAGACAACGAUCGCCGUGCCCCUCCACAGCCAUUAAACGGCGAGGAUGCAACAACAUCGGAUCACUAUCAUCUGUGGCAGCAAACUUAUGAAGAGCUGAAUGAAAAGCUCUGGUCAGAGCUCCGAGUUAAGGAACCCAUCAUGCAGAAUUCGCAGGCAAUGCAUCCAUUUAUUGCCUUCCUGUCUUACCCAAAGGGCAAGAGAGCUAUUCCUCGAAUAUUCUCGCAUAUGAACGAUCAGCAACGACUCACCAUCGUUACGAUCAUCAUGAUUCAGCUUGAUACCUUGGACGUUGUAAGGUCCGCUCAGCCUCAAGUCGCUGCAACGCAAUCACGAUCCGUCGUUAGCGAGCAAGUCGACCUUUUCCUUCAGGCAGUCAUGCCAAGCUUGCUUUCUUAUGUGAACGAAGCUCCACUAGACGUAAUCAUUGGUCUCCUCGGCUUAGUCCUUGGACGUGUCAAUGCUACUGCUGUUUCAAAGAGUCGCGUUGGUCUAGAAAUCCUUACGAUGCUCCUUAGCCAGGCGGAGAUUAUUCGCAAAGCCGAAGCCACUAACGACCUGGAAUGGUCUCAAUGGCUGGCCACUUACAAUCAGCUAUUCGAUACUGUUGAACCACUUCUGUCGAUUAUCUUCCCUGAAUCUGUUAGUGCAGGUGGAGACGUGUAUGUUUGGCAAUUCCUCGCCACCGUUGGCACAGGCGCGAGUCCCGAACAGCAACAGAGACUUGUCCUUGCGGUGAAAGAUAGGGUUAUGGACACUGUACAGCAGUGCAAGACAUUACCACCUGAAAUGGCUGCCCAAAGAAAAGGUGAUGUCAACCUUUUCAUGCAAGCUAUUGGCCUCGAUGUGGAUCUACUUGAAGGAUGA